AAGCUCUUGCACUCCCUAUUUGUUGAAACGAGACGAUUGCAUGUCGAAACGUAAACAGGGGCGAAGGAAGGGGAAAAAGAUCACAGAAGACGAAUCCACAAUUUAAAGCACGAAGGUUCGGUUCUACUGAUGUGCAUAUGUGCGUAUACGUGUAGCGAUUUAAUCAUGGCGCACGCGUCGGCUCGGCUGUAUUUAUUUGGAGCGAUCUUAACCUCGCAAAACUAGCGCAAGCUUAGCAUCCCUCCAGCAGGAUCAGCGUGAAAAUGAGGAUGGUGUGACAGCUUGUCGUAAACAGGAGCUUAAAAGUUUAUUUAAUCAAAAUUAGUCAAAAUGUCGAAACGAAACAGCGACUACGUGGUCACGGAGCAUCGCGACUUGCAGGCUAACACCAUGGCAGUGGAUGCGACCGGCAACUACGUUCUGUUGGCCGGACGCAGAUACUUAGCAGUGAAACAUUUGGACGAGGAUGUAAAUACAGUGAAGAAGUUUCAGCGACAGAGUAAAUAUGAGGUUGGCUCUGCCGAAUGGAAUCCAUGCGACUUAAAUUGCCACUUGUGUGCGAUUUCUAGCAACACGCGAAUCGAAAUAUUGAACUUCAGUGGAGCAGGAGGUUACGAGUUGCAAACUACUCAGAGUCUGAAAGCCCACACGCGGGUAGUUAGCGAUUUGAGUUGGCAUCCUAAGGAACCGGAUAUCAUUGCUUCUUGCAGCAUUGACACAUUUAUACAUAUCUGGGACAUUCGAGAUCAGAGGAAACCAUGCUUGUCUUUGUCUGCAGUUGCGGGAUCGUCCCAAGUACGUUGGAAUCCACUGUCAUCUCAUAUCUUGGCCACAGCGCACGAUGGAGAUGUCAAGAUAUGGGACCAGCGGAAAGCAACGAGUCCUGUGCAGUAUAUAACAGCCCACUUGACAAAAAUACAUGGUUUAGAUUGGUGCCCCUUUCAACAAAAUCAAUUGGCAACGUCGAGUCAAGACUGCACCGUUAAGAUUUUCGAUAUUGUCAAUCCGCGUAGAGCCGAGAGUAUUUUAACGACAAAUUCUCCUGUAUGGAGAGCAAGAUAUACGCCCUUUGGAGAAGGUUUAGUGACGAUAGUGGUGCCGCAAUUACGACGUGGAGAAAACAGUCUUUUACUAUGGAAUACGUCAAACCUCAAUGCGCCAAUAUAUACGUUUGUGGGCCAUACGGAUGUUGUGCUUGAAUUUCAAUGGCGGCAUUUAAAACUAGAAAACAGCGACUUUGAACUCGUUACAUGGUCCAAGGAUCAAUGUUUGAGGAUAUUUAAAAUCAGUCCAUUUAUAAAAAAAUUAUGCAGCAAUGGUAUAGAUGAUGGCCUAUCAGUCUACAGUCAGUAUUCCGAAGAGAAUAAUUUAAGAACUUUGCAAUCCGUCCAAGAACUGCAGCUGAAUACUUCUCAGAGCGAGCCUGAGAUAAAUUACAUUACGACCAAAGUAGACGAGCCUGUGCCGCAAUCUGAGACGAUCAGCCUUCCAGACAAUUCCAAAAAAGUCUCGUCUCCCACUCAGCCAAAGAGUUUGCAGCAGGAAUUUUCUUUAAUUAAUAUGAAUAUACCAAAUAUAGAGGUAAACGCAAUGGACGUAGUGGAGAGGAGCUGUACGAUAACCGCGUGUACAAAGAACUACAAUGUGAUAUUAAAAGUAAAUUUCCCCGUAAAUUAUCCAUGUAGCGCGCAACCGACAUUCCAGUUUUGUCCUGGCACAACGAUUGACAACGCGACAAUGACCAAACUGCUGAAAGUUCUCGUGCAAACUGCUCAGCAUCGCGUCAAAAAGAACAGAUCGUGCUUAGAACCAUGUCUCCGGCAACUAAAUAUAACUUUGGAGCAAAUGUGCAAGAAAGACGAAGACGAGAGCGGACACUUAUAUCACAUGCAGGAUAACAGUAAUUUCUUGAGCUCCCCCAAUAUCUGCGCGAACUAUCAGGACUCCUAUAUACCAUUUCCUAGAACGUCCGGUGCUAAAUUUUCUUGUGUGGGUAUCCUCGUUUGUUUCGGCCGUCCUUCCUACGCGAGAAGAUCAAUGAUGAAACCGGGAGACGCGACACCCAGAGCACUGUCCGCCUUGGACAAUAGCAUCGGUAACAGCGAAUCUUUCAUACAUAUGUACCGAAGUUCCUAUGUGCCAACUAACGACAACAUGUCUAUCAGCUCAUACUAUUUUCAAGAUCGUCAGAAGGAUCUUCGACGGGGGUUGCAUGGGGCGGGUAGGAUGCAUGAUCGAUCGUACUUCAAGAAUUGUCAUCCGAUGGUUAUCAUAUACGAUGUUUCGUCAUUAUUCUUUGUCAAUAAAGAGCUUGCCGAAAAAUAUACAAUUAACACCGCUGAUAUUUCAUCUAUGUAUCAGCACAAUGCAAACGUAGCUGCUACGUUGGAAAGGUCCGACUUAACUCAGACUUGGUGUUUAGCUGGUUUAAUCAUUUUGCCGCCACCAUCCAACACUGAGCAAAAUUCUUAUCAUUCUCCCGAUAUCAGUGCUCCAUGGCCUUUACAUCCCUGGGGUCAAAACUUAAUUCAUUUCUUAAUACAACAUUACGCUAAGCAGUCUGAUGUUCAGAUGGCCGGCAUGCUGAGCUGCGCACUUAGCUAUCGAUCUGAAAACACGGACGCUUUGCAAACUAGACUGACCAGUAAAUCCGUGAAUGUCAGUAGGCUUUCCAUAGGAAAAUGGUGGUUAAAGCCUGGCGGUUCGCCUUAUCAUACAAUACAUCUGGCAGAUACUACAUUAGAAGGAUGGAAUUUUCAAAAUCUGAAGCAACAUCGGUCGAAUUCGUGGUCAGAGUCUUUAGAUGAUUUAAAAGUCAUUCAAGACUUUGGGGAUUCUGCGAAAAACAUUAAAUUGUUUGAUGAGAAAUAUACGGCCUUAUAUGAUGGUUACAAGAAGGCGUAUGCCGAGGCGUUGCACAGGUGGGAACUGUUGGAUGCUCGGGCGCAUGUGUUGAAACAUCUGAAUGCGUCCUCGAACAACGUGCAGAAGGACGUUGAGUUGCAGAACGAGUGUCGAAUCUGCGGCAAGAUUAGUCCAGGUCCACAGUGCGCUAGUUGCAAAGGGUUGAGCUUCCAAUGUAUCAUUUGCCAUGUUACAGUCAGAGGUGCGAGCAACUCCUGCAUGUUUUGCGGCCACGGUGGACACAUCGAGCAUUUAGCCGCGUGGUUUGCUAAAGAGGUAGUAUGUCCUACGGGCUGCGGCUGUCAUUGUUUGCAGGAAAAUUCAGUACUAUUUAAAGUAUAGGUAAUUUUUUAAAUUUAAAUAAUAUAGACGAAACUGUACAUAAUCAUG